GACAAAUUCCCCAGAAACUUCCCCUCUUCUUCUCACGAACUCGUCACCUUCUCCUACACUCCUUUGCCCCUACCGCAGACAUGGCAGACAAGAAGGAAAAUGAGGAGAUCGACUACACCUUGAACAACCCCGAUACCCUCACCAAGUACAAGAAUGCCGCUGCCAUUUCCCAAAAGGUCUUGGCGGCCGUAACCGACUUGUGCGUUGCUGGCGAGAAAAUCGUGACCAUCUGCGAGAAGGGCGACAAGCUUUUGGAUGAGGAGCUUUCGAAGAUCUACCGUGGAAAGAAUAUCUUAAAGGGAAUCGCCCACCCCACGACCGUCUCCCCAUCCUCCUUCGUCACCCCAUACACCCCGCUUACCUCGGACGAGGCUGAAGCCUCUGUCACGCUGAAGGAAGGAGAGGCAAUCAAGAUUCAGUUGGGUGCCCAGAUUGACGGUCUUGGAACGAUAGUCUGCGAUACGAUCAUUAUCCCAUCCGCCAAAAACGCAAACGGAGAGAUCACUGGCCGAGAUGCUGACCUUCUCCUGGCAACUCAUUACGCAAACGAACUCUUACUGCGGUUGAUGGUUCCCCCCGGGUUACUCGCAACCGGCACAGACGAAGAGAAAGCCAAGGCCGCCCAGGUGAAGCCGCCGUCGCAGAGCAAGAUCACCAGUCUGCUAGAGAAGGUCGUCAAGAGCUACGAUUGUAACUUGGUUGAGCACACCACGAGCUGGCUGUUUGAGCGCAACGAGAUCGAGGGCAAGAAGAAGAUCAUCCUUGCUCCGGGUGAUGGCACCAAGGGUGAGGGUGUCCCUGAGGUUGGCGAUGUCUGGGGCGUGGAGAUGGGAGUUAGUCUUGGUUCCGGAAAGAUCAAGAACUACGAGAACAGGGCAACUCUACACCGCCGGACCGCCCUUACGUAUGCUCUCAAGAGACCAAGCUCAAAGAAGAUCCUGAACGAGGUGGUCAAGAAGUUUGGUACUUUCCCCUUUAGUUUACGGCAGCUGGAGGACGAGAGAGAUGCAAAGGUUGGGGUUGUUGAGUGCGUCCGAGGCAAUGUUUUCAGGCAGUAUGAAGUGGUCGGGGACAAGGACCAUGAGCCUGUUGCGAGAUUACUGACCACAAUUGCCAUCACGAAGAACGGUCUCCAGAGACUGGCCGCGCCUCCCAGCCCAGAUCUGUCCAAAUUCAAGACGGACAAGAAGAUUACGGACGAGGAAGUUCUCGAGAUCUUGGCUCGGCCAUUGGCUAAGGAGACGAAGGCUAAGAACAAGAAGAAGAAGAAGCCGGCCAAGAAGGCUGCGGCGAAGACUGAUGACGACGAUGACAGCAGUGACGACGAGUAA